CAAACAAGCUCUGGCGCUCAUGCGAAGCCUGUUUAUUUAGUCCAAUCCUAUUUAUUGGCUCAUUUGUGUCGUUUCAGGAAACUGUGGGACUCAAAGAUGGAGGAUCCAGCCACAAGGUCUGCGGUCAGUAAGAAGGCGUUCUGGGUCGAGCGGGUUCAGUGUUCGGGCUCGGAGGUGUCUCUGACGCAGUGUCGGGCGCAGCUCUCCGUCCCGCGGCACGACGUCCCCUGCGCCGGAGCGAUGCAUGCAGUGGUGCGCUGCGUUCCCGGCGCUCAGUUCUCCAGAAGCUCCGCCUCCAGACACCCACAGGCUCCGCCCCCUCUGAACGCGGAGGUGCGUCUGAAGGCCGGUGCGCGGCUGGGCGAGGGCCGGGUGGAGGUGCUCCGCGAGGGUAAGUGGGGGACCGUGUGUGACCAUCUGUGGGAUCUAACAGCGGCCAGCGUGGUGUGCAGAGAGCUGGGCUUCGGCUCGGCCAGAGAGGCCCCGCGAGGAGCGCUCAUGGGUCAAGGUAAUGACUCCUCACCAUG